GUCGUGGCGCUUUCCUUGGGCUCUGCGCGAGACAUCGCAGCUGGCUUGUUGGGAGUUGAGGACGUAAUCGGGCUCCCCCUCGGCAUUGCAUGGAGCAGCACGCAGGAGCGACUGCUUGUCGCUGACCAUCGAGGGCAUGUGCUCCGCGCAGUGGAUGUGUUGGACACAGGCAGCGUAGACAUCGUUGCGGGCACAGAAGGAGUUGGCCUCGAUGCAGGCGACGACGGCCCCGCCGUGCAGGCGUCCUUCCAGGGGCCCAGGGGCCUGGAAGUCGUCGGUGGCGUAGCCUAUGUCACCACGGCCGGGCAGCGCCUCCGACGCGUGGAGCUCGAUCCCGGCGGUCGCAUCACGACAGAAGUCAACGUUGCCGGCGUCCGUGGCGUUUGGGGUGACGGUGGUCCGGGCGUCGAGGCAGAGCUGAACGAGCCGCAGCAUGUGGCGGUUCUGCAGGAUAAGGUCUUCAUCGCGGACCGCAACAACCAGCGCGUGCGGCGACUGAGUCAUUCAACAGGUCAAAUCAGCAGCGCUGCGGGGCCCCUGGUGAUAAGCACUUCAGGUAGCAAGUUUGAGGCCACGUACUCCAUCAGCAUAGACCCGAACGUGACAUCCGCCAACCUGCCUCGGGACUUGGUAACCACGGUGCCGGUGGGCGUCGCAGUGUCUGCAGACGGGAGCACAGCCAUCAUCUCCGACGAGCACUCCGAAUCGCUUCUGGUUUUGGACCUGUUGGCCUCGCCGAGACGGGUGCGAGUGCUACAAGGCAUCGGCAUGCUCCAGGAUCCCAAGGAUCUCCUCCUGGCGCCCAACGGCACGCUCUUUGUGGCAGAUCACAUGCAGCAUAGCAUCUUCGCCAUGGAAGUGGUAUGCUCGGAGGCAACAUCUGUUUACUCAGGCGGCUGCAUCGCGCAAGACGUGCGGCGCAUCUUGGGCAGUGGCGAGGGCCCCGGCGAUGGCGACACCGAGCGCCGGCUGCCUGAAACGUCUACGCGGACGACUACGAGGACCAGCACAAGCACCUAUACCUCAACGUCGUCGGAACUGGCCUGCUGGAAUCACCUCCUGGGCCCGCCGGGUGCCGACUGCAACGAGACCUGCGUGCGAUACGAGGGAGUUUGCGAUCCCAACGUAGCCGACGGCUUCACUUUUGAAGGUUUCCAGAGCUCAGUCUUGGCAGAAGAGCGCGUUCUCUGCCGCCGCGACAGCCGAACUUGGUUUGGUGAGGCUUUGCCCGGCUUCGAGACCAACCGAGAAUCGAGAAACUUUGGCUGGUGCCUAGGUACGUAUGGCAUGCCGUCUCAGAUCUCCUGCACGGCUUUGUUCAUGGAGUACGGCCGGGCUUCCGCCACUUUGCGCCGGUGGUGCCGCUGCAGCCGCGAGUCAAUGUGCUACAUGACAACGACCACGACCAUGCUCCAAGCUUACGUCCCCACCUCCACGACCACGCGAACCUGGACAGGGGAAAGCACAACCUUCACAAGAUUCUCCACCACCACAUGGACCAGCACCGUCACGGCAACAACCUUGCCGCCAACUACGUCGCCAUCUCCAUAUGUCCAGCAAUGUCCUGAGGGCUACGAUCCGAUGCCGUCUCCCUUGCCGCUGGCGUCUCCGAUCCCUCAGCAGUCUGCCAGGGCUUGCGCAGUCCACUGCGAGGUGUCCAGCGGCUGUGGAGCCUUUGCAUUCGAUGCCACCACGGGGCUCUGUGGCAUCGCGAGUGCACCCGAGGGCGAUGGAUCCUGGCCUGUGUCAACAGACCCUGGAUCGAUCCAUUACACGUCUUGCAGUCGAGAUCCUGCGCAGCUGGAUCUUCUCUUGCAGUUGCUUUUGGUGGAUUGGCUACCCGCCCACGCACCACUUGCCGAGCCUGGAGCAAUGGCUUUGGACAGCACCCGGCAACUCCUUUAUUUUUGCGACGCUGGCAACAACAAGAUCAAAGUCUUGGACAUAAAUCGGAACGAAGUGCUGACUGCAGCGGGGGUCGGCGAGUCCUUUACCAAGUUCAGCGGGGACGGCCAACCGGCCAGGGAUGCAACGAUGAGCCAUCCGAGAGGUUUGGCUUUGGAUGAGGCAAAUGCACACCUCUACGUCACCGACUCGGAGAAUCAUGUGAUCCGCCGAAUCAAGCUUGGAUCCAACAGGCUCACAGGUAUCAUUGAGUCUGUAGCUGGCACGGGCGUUGGCGGCCUGGGACAAGACGGCUUGGAUCCGCUCCUGUCUCGUUUCAACUAUCCGUGGGGGCUUGCCUUGGAGCCCGUCGCAGGCUCUGUGAAGCUCUAUGUGGGAGACAACGCCAAUCACCAGGUGUCCCUGGUUGAUUUAGCCUCCAUUCCGCCGGUGGUGACGAA